CGCGCAGCCAGUGAAUGGUCAGACGCCAUUGUGUACAAUAAGUGUGUCGCUGUCGCCAAAAAAAGUUUUAUAAAUUGCCAAAAAAAGGUCGUUGUCGUUGGUGUUUUAUACAUUUUUAGCUCCCAAGGAAAUCGACCACAAAAGGCAAAACACAAAAUGGGAAAUGAAACGUCUCUGCCUAUGGAAAUGUGCUCCAAUUUCGACGCAGAUGAAAUACGUCGUCUGGGCAAACGUUUCCGCAAACUGGAUCUGGACAAUUCGGGGGCGCUGAGCGUGGAUGAGUUCAUGUCAUUGCCCGAACUGCAACAGAAUCCUUUGGUGCAGCGUGUCAUUGAUAUUUUCGAUGCUGAUGGCAAUGGCGAGGUCGAUUUCAAGGAAUUCAUUCAAGGCGUCUCGCAAUUCAGUGUCAAGGGCGAUAAGUUGUCAAAGCUGCGCUUUGCAUUUCGCAUCUAUGACAUGGACAACGAUGGCUACAUUUCCAAUGGCGAACUGUUCCAGGUAUUGAAAAUGAUGGUGGGCAAUAAUUUGAAAGACACACAACUGCAGCAAAUUGUGGACAAGACAAUCGGUUUCGCGGACAAGGACGAGGAUGGCAAAAUCUCCUUCGAUGAGUUCUGUUCGGUUGUGGGCAACACGGACAUUCAUAAGAAGAUGGUGGUCGAUGUUUAAAAUGGCGAUAUUGUAGAACACUCACACACACUGCUGCAUAGGUUUACGAGUAACGUGUACUUUUUUUUUAUAUGCAAUUAGCGCAAAAAUAUUUUUCACUAGUUACUAUUUAUUUUUUUAUACACAUAUAUAUUAUAUAUUGUUUGUUUUUUAUCUCUCUUUACAUUAAUUUAAUUAUUUUGUUUAAAUGAAUGAAUUGUUUUCGUCUUUGUUAUCAAGCUGUGAGUCAAACGAAACGAAACGAUGAAAAAAAAAGAAGAAAAAUCUUAAUAUUUACACAGCCGUUAGUGAGCUACAAACAUUUUUGAAUCACUCGCUUUAAAACGCUCCUACGAAUAAUAUAUCACAUUUUCUAAAAGAAAAACAACCACAAUUUUUUAUAAAAAGUUGUAUCUCUAAGUCGUAAAGUAAUUGAAGAGCGAGAGAGAGAGAGAGAAAGAGUAAUAAUUGGAAACGCAAUACUAGAAGAACAGAUUCAGAGAGAGAAAGAGAGAAUAUAGUGAAAAUUGAAAAUGUGCGCCUCCUACUUACAUACUUCUUAAAAAUAUAGUCAUAAUUUAUUAUACAACAAAUAUACACGUAAUGAAUUGAAGCAAACAAAUAACAACAAGAAAAUGCAUCAAAAGCAAACCACGAAUAAUUCAAGUGAAAAAGCGAAAAAAUAAAGCAACAAGUUGAGCGUUUUUCAACAACCAAAAAAAAAAACAAAAAUACAAAAAUAAAAUCAAAACCAAUUUAAUACCGUUUCAAAUUAUAAUUCAAAUCAAAACUUAAACUUAAAUUACAAACAAAAAUGUUAAAGCACAAUGAAAAUUUAUGGAAAUUUGCGUGUUCAUAAGCUUUAAACUAACUCAUACUUUUGUGUGAAUGUGUGCGUAUGUGAGUGAGUGUGUGUGUGUGUGUGAGUUUAAUUUACACUUUCUCUUGACUAAACGAAAAAAGAAAAACAGAAUAUCUUAGCUUUUGUUAAUUACUUCUAAUUCUCCUGUGAUUUGGCCAAAAACAAAAUCUAUACCACAAGUGUGCAUGUCGAUGAGAACUCCGUUAAUCUAUUUAUACUUAUAUACUGAUAUAUAUAUACUUAUAUAUACACAUAUAUACAUAUAUAUAUACUCUUAAUGAAACUCUAAUUUAUAGAGCUUUUAACACACACACAAAAAGCGAAAGAAGCAAACAACAACAACAACAAAACAAACUGUGCUAUGUUCUUAACUCUUUUUUACUAAUAUUUAAUGCCAACUCAGCAUAAUUGUUUAUGGGAAACAAAUAAGAUAUAUAUUGAUAUAUAAUAUAUACAUAAAUAUAUGAAUAACAUUUUUCAAUUAUGUAUAUGAAUAUUGCAUACAUACUUACAACUAAUUCUAAUCAAGUUAACUUAGUAAUUAUUAAAUGAAAUGCAAAUCAAUACACAGAAACAACAACAACAAGAAAUCGAAUAAUUAUACAUUAACGAUGGUUGAUUAACAUAACAAAACUUUUAUACUUAACUUAAAAAAACAAAGAAAAAGAAUAUUAUUAUUGAAUAACAAAAAAAAUGAAACUAGUUAAAGGAAUUAACGAAAUGCAUGUUACAAAUUUUUACAAUUAGCAAAUUUUUUGCACAAUCGCCAUUCAAUUUGUUAGCUAAUCCUAAUCAAUUUUUUCAUAAUGUUUAUAUACUUACUUAUAUUAACGAACGCAAUUUGUAAAAGUCAGCCAAAGAUACCGAUGACAAGCAUAAAAAAAAGAAAAGAAAAA